CAGUCAGGGCGAGGCGGCGAGGCUCUCUCUGACAACGCGAAGCGCCCGCACACAAGCGACUGGAAGCACCUGUCCUGUGCAAGCAGAAGGAGGAGACGAUGACACAGCUUCUGGUGACCCUGGGCCUUUACCUGAUGGCAGUAUUGCCAGGAGAACAUCAGAUCUUCUGUUUUUCAAGUGAAACGGAAGAACUUGACUUUGACAUGGCUCCUGAUUCCUUUGAUGACCAAUAUGAGGGCUGUGCAGAGGAGAUGGAAGCCAGAAUGAAGGACCUACGGCCCGCAGAGAUAGACAACAUCACAGAGUACGCCGAGGCCUGGCAAAAGGCAGUCUUGAAGUGGAAGGAGAUGAAGGGCUCCAUCUCAGUGCCCGCAGGCCUUAAGGAUGACUACGCCAUUGCCCUCCUGGCUUACACCCUAGAGACGGACUUAUUCAAAGAUUUUAACAAGGCUGUAAGGAAAGCUGCCAGUAGCAAAGUGGCUUACCUCAAGACGUUCCACUUCAAGGCCAUGCACUUCCUCUUGACCAGAGCCGUUCAAGUCUUGCACAACAACUCCAAAAGCAGGUGCAGUUCUGUAGAUUGUAGGGUCAGAGAUGUUUUUCGUGGGGUCAGGUAUAUACACUUCAGGGCUAAACGCUCCUCUGAAGCCCGUUUUGGACAAUUUGCUUCCUCUUCACUGAACUGGGAAAUUGCCCAGGGUUUUGGGACGGACACCUUCUUCAUAAUUGAGACCUGCCAUGGGGCCUUCAUUGAUAAGUUCUCCUUCUUCCCACAUGAAGAGGAGGUUCUGAUCCCCCCAUUUGAGAAGUUCCGGGUUGACAAUUUCACAGAGAAACCAGAAGGAAAUACGAUCACACUCAGCUCCACUGGAAAAUACAGCGUAUACAACUGUGUUCUGGUGAAAGGUGCCGGUCUAAGCCGUUUCUCUGCUACGGCACAAAUGCCCCUCCUUCUCUGGGGCUUCCUCCUCAUUGCUGGUGCUGUUGGAGCUCCAGGACUCCUCUGACCUCAGGGUCAAGAAGCUUCACCGCUGAACCUGCUUUGCCGAAAGAAUGAGGGGAGAAUAAUGUAGAACCAUGAAGAAACUGUAGCUAGAGCAUCUGGCUGCAUAUAAGUACCUCUUCACACAGUGCAUAGAUCGACUAUGGAACUCACUACCACAAGAUGUAGUGAUGGCCACCAUUUUGGGUGGCUUCAAAAGGGUAGGAAGAGCCCUCAUGCUGGAUCAGACCAAGGGUCCACCCAGACCAGCACUGUGUUCCACCAGUACAGAGCCAAGUAUCCCCAAUCUUGUAACUGUGCAUUUGCUUUCUUUUUCUUGGUGUAGAACUUGGCAUUUAUCAUUAUUAAAAUUCAUUCUGUUGUUUUUAGCCCAGCACUCCAGCCUAUCAAGAUCCUUUUGAAGUUUGUUUCUGGCUUCCAGGGUCUUCGCUAUCCCACCCAAUUUUGUGUCAUCUGUAGGCUGACCAUAUUUUGGCAAUCAAAAAGGAGGACAAUAUUGCCACCACAAGGGGGCGUGCCUACCAACAUGUCCAGCCCGCAAGGGGAAGAUGGGGAUAGAGAGAGAUCUCUCCCUGCCUUGGCACCUUGCAGGGCAGGGAGGAAAGGAGAAAGAAAGAGGGGGGGGGGGGAGAAUGGGGAUAGAGAGAGAGAUCUUUCCCUGCCUUGGCACCUUGCAGGGUCCUCUUCUUAAAAUAUAGUGGAUAUUUUGGAUCUUAUGCAGUCAACAGCAGAUGUUCAUACUGUGUUUCUGCUUCUAUUCGAUCUUUCAAUCCUCCUGCGUUUGGCCUAUCAAGCUGUCCUGUACUCAAUCAUAGAAUCAUAGAAUAGCAGAGUUGGAAGGGGCCUACAAGGCCAUGGAGUCCAACCCCCUGCUCAAUGCAGGAAUCCACCCUAAAGCAUCCCUGACAGAUGGUGGUCCAGCUGCCUCUUGAAGGCCUCUAGUGUGGGAGAGCCCACAACCUCCCCAGGUAACUGUUGUAUUGCAAGAAUCUUAAGACACCAGAGACAUCUUCUUAAACACUCCUUUAUUCUCGGCCUAGACUGCAACUGAAACUUUAACAAACACACUCCAAUCUUCCUGACUCCACCCCUUUACUUCCUCUUCCUCUCAGCUCCCCUCUAUGCCUCUCCUACAACUCCCAACAUGCAAUUCACCUACCACAAUACCACAUAUCACCUUUAUUUAAACACAAUAACUUUUCCCCACCCUAGUACAUAACAGACUAGCACAUCCCUGCAAACAACAUAAUACAACUUUUAUCCUUGAGUCAAUAACAUUGUUAAUUG